AUGUGGAACGAAAAAAGAAUAACCAAGACAACCAGUGCUAAAAGCGAUUGCAGAUCAAUUAUUGACGUUUGUAAAGUCGAUGAGUAUGACUACGAUGAUUCAGAAAUAGAUAAUUUAUCGUCUGUUAAUUCUUUACCUCCAAACACCAUGCAUAUAAGUAUAACGCGCUUACUUGCGAGUAAAUCAAUGGCAUGGGCACGUUACUCCAUUGAAAAUUUACCAAUUAAAUUGACACUGGGCAAUUUGGGCUUUUUGAUUAUUAUUAUGGUCAUUAUUAUGCCUAAAACUGUUACAUAUUUUAUCAUCUAUCCGAUUUUUAGAUUACUCUUCGGCACGCUUUAUCCAGCUUAUGCUUCUUACAAAGCGGUGCGGACGAAGAACGUCAAAGAAUAUGUAAAAUGGAUGAUGUACUGGAUUGUUUUUGCCUUGUUCACCUGCGCUGAAACAUUCACUGAUGUGUUCCCGUUCUAUUACGAGAUCAAAAUAAUUCUGGUGAUCUGGUUAUUGAGUCCCGCAACCAAGGGUUCGAGUAUCCUAUAUCGGCGUUUCGUGCAUCCCGCACUCAUACGCCGUGAAGCUGAGAUCGAUGACGCUUUGGCACGUGCCACCGAACAAGGCUACACGGCGGUGCUUCAUCUUGGUACUAAGGGUGUCAAUUACGCCACCACAGUACUCAUGCAAACGGCAAUUAAAAACUUCCCAAGUGUCAUUCCGAGUUCUGUUCAUCAAGACGAACAUAACGAUCAAACCGACUCGCCGAUUUCUAGCUUAACCAGCAACAAAUCACCGCUGAAGGAGAAGGACAGCCGGAAAAACAGCUUGGAUAAUUCAUUGUCACCCCAGAGGUCAAGUCCACAUCAUCAUCAAAAGCAGUCGCAUCACCAGGGAAAUUUAAAUAUGACUGUUGAUUUUGAAUCACAAACACCGGAUAUUAAAGUUGAAAUUGUUAGCGAUGACGAGAGCAGUUUAUCACACUUUGUUAUUGAUGAAACUUCAUCUUCAGUUGAUGAUUUUAAGAUACCAGCUGUUAAAUCACCAAAAAGAUUACGCAGAACAACUAGACGUAAAAAAAAUACAGCCAAUCAAACCAAUUCUAGCCCACUACGUAAAUAUGAUGAAUAUAGUGACGACGCCGAUUUUAAUAUACGGUCAUCAGACGACAUAUCCAGCGGUUACAGCAGUGGAGAAGCCGUUCAAACUCACCGCAUGACGCCACACACGGAAACGCUUUUAAGGACAUCGAGUGUUGGAGCAAGAACGAGAUCUUCAAAGCCUCGAUCUACUGCUAAAAAAUUACCCGAGGAUGAAGAAGACACGUGUGAGUUAGUGGAUCCUCAAUUACCAGCUUUGUCUGUAAUUACCGCUCACCAAAGUCUACAACUUAUGCUGUAUUUGUCACAAAUGCACGGUAAUGCACCUUUAAAUUAUCCGGGUCUUUUAAAAAAUUUCUCUGGAUCAAUACAAGACUCUAAUGCUAAUGAUAAUGCUAAUGGACUUCAAAUUAAUGAGGUCGAGUGUGAUUAUAAAAAGACUGAUAGAGAAUUUAAAGACCUGAGUAUUGAUUCUCACAGUGUUAAAGAUAUUGAAAAGCUUUCUAUUACUAAAAAUUUUAGUGAAGAUGAUAAAAAUAAGGAAGAAAAAAAAAAUUCUAAUUUAUCAAAAUCUUCAGCAGAAUUUGAAAAAUUAAAUAAUCCUAAAAUUAGUUCUGAAGAAAAUUUGUCAAAAUUAAUUACAAGAAAAUCUACUGAAGAAAUUAAUUUAGACGCUUCUAAUUCACUUACUGAAGAUAAAAUAAAAAAAUUAUCUAGUGCAGAUUCAAAAUUAAUUGAAAAAAAUCACUUGAUAAAUUCUGCUACUUCUGAAAAUUCGUCGAAAUUAAUUGCAACAAAAUCUGCUGAAGAAAUUAAUUUAAACGCUUCUGAUUCACUUACUGAAGAUAAAAUAAAAAAAUUAUCUAGUGGAGGUUCUAGAAAAGAUCCAAAAAAUAUUCCAAAAUUAAUUGAAAAAAAUGACUUGAUAAAUUCUACUACUUCUGAAGAUUUGUUAAAAUUAAUUGCAACAAAAUCUACUGAUUUAAUUAAUUUAGACGGAUUUAGUGGACUUACUGAAGAUAAAAUAAAAAAAUUAUCUAGUGCAGACUCUAUAGAAGAUCCAAAAAAUCUGACAAAAUUAAUUGAAAAAAAUGACUUGAUAAAUUCUACUUCUGAAAAAUUAAAGAAAUUUUCUUCAGAUAAUUCAUCAUUAUCUAUUCCUAAAGAAGUGAAAAAAUUAUCUAGCUCACAUGAAAUUCUAAAAGUAACUAGUGAAGAAAAAUUACCUUGUUCUUCAAUUUCAAAUGUCGACAUUACAAAAAUAACUGAUGAAAUAUGCCAGGAAAAAUUUAAAGAAUUAAAAAGACUGUUAAAUACCGCUCAUGAAGCGGUGACAAGUAUUGUUCAUCCGCCUCCGAAUGAAGGAAGAGAUUCAACGUACUUGGAAGUUAAAAGUAAUUCAAAAAGCAGUCUCCUGUCAUCACCAAGUGUGUCGCGAAGCAGUUCUGAUUGCGAUCGUGCUGGUAAAUACAAUAAAAAACCUGCACCGAGAGUCCCUUGCUCAAAAAGUCAAUUAAAUUCAGAUAAUGAUCCUGAAGAAGAAACGGAUAUCGAACAAGCAUUAAAAGCAACACUCGUUAUUAAAACUGGUACAGUAAAGACCUUCACCAAUGUUAAUAACACAAAAAAUGUAUUUUUUACUCAUCCUACUACUUCUCAUCGUCACUCAUCUCCAUCUGUAUCUAAAAAUAAUAAAAAAAAAAAAAGUUUGUCGAGAUUUUUAGCAAUUCCACGGAAUUUAUUUGGCAAUAAGGACAAAAGCGGAGUUAAUUCAAGAUCUGAAUCUUCGAGAUCACGUUCGCCCAGUGUUAGCUCACAAGAUUAUGCAGCUAAUAAUAGCAAUGAUAAUCAAGACAGUACGAAUAAUACUGAUAAUAAUAAUCCAGAUGUUGAAGAUAUUUUAUUUAAAACUGUUAUUGGUGACCAGACUAUCACUUCUGAUACUUACAUUGAUUUUCGUACUGACAGUCUUGACCAAUGUGAUCAAAAUAACAAGUUUUGCAACUUUACCACGAAGUAAAAAACCAACGAAGAAAAAGGUAGCAUGA